AACUAUUGAAGAAUACUUAUUUCUUUAGUAGCGAGUAGCGACAAAAGAGAUUACCGCGUGUCGGAUUUAUAAUUUAAAAUUCUUUGUUGAUUGACUUGACUAUUGAUUACCCGACCCAACCAACGAUAAAAUAAAAUAAAAUGAAUGAAUCCAUUAAAGACAAAAAGUAUCAUUCUCAUGGCCAAUCAACUAUCCUCAUCUUCCUACACUUCCAUGACCAACGAUGUGUUCCUAACCUUUCUAGGCUCUGAUCCUUCCAACGGUUUCAUCCGCAAUCUCUACAAAGCACUGAAUGAAAAAGGAAUCAACACCUUCAUUGAUGACCAGGAAGAAACCAAAUCAUCACUUCGUUCACUUAUCAAUGUCAUCAAUCACUCAAGAUUUGCCAUUAUCGUGUUCUCAGAAAACUAUGCAGAUUCUUCAUUUUGCUUGGAAGUACUUUCAUAUAUCCUUGACACCUUUCGGCGGAGGUACGGCCAUCCAUUUAUUAUUCCGGUUUUUUACAACAUAGAUCCUUCUCAUGUGCGAAACCAAAGUGGAGCUUAUCAAAUUGCAUUCGCAAAGUAUGAGGACAAGGAAAACAAAGAUAAAGUGCUUAAAUGGAGGAACGCACUAUCUCAGGUAGCUGACUUUUCCGACCGGUGGCAAUUCAAUCAUAGCAAGGUCCAAUUCCAGGUGGCAGUGUCCCAUUGGGUCUCAAAUACAAGUGGCAGCCUAUAAAAGGCGCAUUCAAUGCACAGUCAGAAAAAAGUCAGAAAUUCAUCACAAACAGAUUUUUUUUCUCUCUCCAUUCAAUUACAAAUCAAAACAGAAAAAUCAUAGAAAAUCACCAAGAACAAAACCCUAGAAAAUUUUCCAGAACUGAAAUUCAUCACAGUUCUCAGUGAUUCAUUGAAGAAUCAUCAUCAUCGAACCGAAUCCUUCACAAUUCUAGUGCGGAUCCGUCACCAAUAGCAACGAAUCCAAGCACGAUCACGAAGGAUCCGAAAAAUUGAGAAGAAGAGGGAAAGAACCGAUUCGGACCAGCAAAGAGAAAGAGAGAAGAACCGAUUUAUUUUCGGAUCCAAGCCAGAAAAAUCAGAACCGCACCAAUAUUCAAGUUUUCCGAAGAUCUCGUUCGAAAUCUCCAACCAAAAUCACAGGUAAAACUCAAACUUCAUCCUUUUUUUCUCAAGAACAUCAACAAAGACGAAUCAAGUGUAGAUCUACGAAAUUCUAAAAGAUUCCAUUCGAAAAAGUAAAAAAAAACUGGAAAAAGUUCCUUUCAAAACCGAGAACAAGAAGCGUAGAUCUACGUUGAUUCGAGCUUUGCAUGCAAAAUCCAGUGUCAUAUUCGUGUUUAGGAU